AGGAUACCCUCCUCAACAUUUUAAAUGAGAGGCUGGAAGCUGGAAAUUUCCGCACGUGACAGCGACGCAACAGCUUGGCUAUAUGAGGAAACCGGCAGAGAGCAUCAGGACCAUUCAGCCACACAUCAGGGCGCACGACGCACACUCACCACCGUCUCCAACUCCCAAGACAUUCUUUUUUUUUCUUUUUCUUUCUUUCUUUUUUCUUUUUAAAGCGAAGACGGGCACGCCGCGAACAGGGCAGAACGAAACCGGCCGAGAAACUCAGGUUAAAAGCGAGUGCAAGACCCAAAGAGAGAGCUGGAGGAAAAAAAGAGAAGGACCAGCCCUCCCUCCCAAUUCACCUCCUUUUUCUUCAUCCCUCCUUCUCGGACCUCCACUCUCCAGACGCGAGUUCCUCACAGUCACUCAGAGAGAGAGAGAGAGGGAUGCUGCGUGUUGCUCAGCCGCACUUGCACUCAGACGGAACCUAGAAGCGGAAUUACACUUCAUCUUUUUUUUCUUUUUCUUGAGAAGUGAACUGGCGGUGAUUGUGGCUGCAGUUACGCACCGUGUCGUGUUCAGCUUUUAGGGGGUCAGAAUCUGGACAUUAACACAUAGAAGAGUCUCCGCUUUCAUCUUCCACGAUCACAAGAAGGUGUUGAUUUCGUUCCUCUCUUAUCACACCUUUGUUUCCCCUCCCUCCCUCCCCCUCCCCUUUCUUUCUCCAGCACGGACACUUUUUCUUCUUCUUUUUUCAUUAUUAACUUAAGAAUCAUCGGCGUGCUUUAAAAAAAAAAAAUGCUUCCAGCCGAAGACAUGAUGCCAUGUCGCGUCUCUGACGUUUGACACAUUUUUAAGGAUCCGCUAAAAAAAAGAAAAAAAAGAAACUGGAGAAAUUGGACCAAAAAAAAAAAAAAAAGUCAGAGAAGUUCUCUUAAGCCACGACUGGUGCGCUUUUUCUUUUUCUUUUCUCCUACUUUUCUGUUGUUUUUUUUUUUUAAAGUUGUUUUUUUUUAUUGGAGUCCGAGCAAACCAGACCGACCGUCCAGAUGCAGUUUCGACUCUUCUCAUUUGCCCUGAUCGUCUUGAACUGUAUGGAGUACAGCAACUGUCAGGCGCCGUCGUACCGCUGGAGGAGAAACAAGAGAGUUUCGGGAAUUGACGGUCUGACGGGACAACCUCCCGCUUCCCCGCUGUCUGACCGUGACAUUUGUCAUCAGCUAAGACCGCGAGAGGCUAGCUAUGGAGCUUACCCCAUCUGUAAAGGCUGCUCAGUGUGCUCCAGGGAUAACGGCUGCGUGAACUGCCAGCCCAAACUCUUCCUGUUCUUGCGAAGGGAGAGGAUGAGGCAGUACGGCGAGUGUCUUCACGACUGUCCAGCCGGAUACUACGGCAUGCGCAGCCCUGAAAUCAACAUGUGCUCCAGGUGCAGGAUAGACAACUGCGAGUCCUGCUUCAGCAAAGACUUCUGCACCAAGUGCAAAUCUGGUUUUUACCUGCACAAAGGGCGCUGCUUUGAUAAGUGCCCCGAGGGCUUUGCCCCGCUGGAAGACACAAUGGAAUGUGGAGAGGGCUGCGAGGUGGGCCAGUGGAGUGAGUGGGGAGCCUGCACCAGGAGAAACAAAACCUGUGGCUAUAAGUGGGGUCUGGAGACCCGGACGCGGCACAUUGUUAAGAAACCCCCCAAGGACACAAUACCUUGUCCCACCAUCGCCGAGUCCAGGAUGUGCAAAAUGGCCAUGAGACACUGCAGGAGAGGUAAUUCGGGGAAGCACCGAUCCAAAGAGCCAAAGAAGAAGAACAAGCAGAGGCUGCGGUUUCGGGCCCAGAACCAGCACAGCGACCACUUGGCCUCUGCGCGCUCCAGCCAGUAAGGACUGAAACCUCCCAGUGAACACAGAAACCAACGCAAAGCUGCUAGCCGCCGCUGCACCCAUACUCUGACUGACAACUUUCACCCACCACACCCCCUCCCGCUGCCCUCCACCCAACUCGCCUCCCAUUCCUCCUUCUGUCCGCCCACCAGGACGCAAACAUCACACCUAAUCGCAGACGACCCCACACCCCAAGAAACCCGUGCCGUACAAAGCGAGAUUUCAGUACUUGUACAUGCUCUGCCUCCCACUACUUCCCCCCCUCCGACGCCCCUCCCGUUGCUGCGACCGGCUAAGGUGACUCUACUUUUCUCCCAACGCCAUUCCCCCCUUUUUUUUCGCCUUGUGGACCUUCACAGUUGACAGAACUGAACUCACUUCCCGUCAUUAACAAACAACGCGGACCGUACGGGGGGGGGCGAUGGAAGACGGAGGAGAACUCGGAGGGCGGGAGAGCCAGAGGGGCAGCAGGUAAAGAGGAGGAAGGAGUCAGGGGAGUUGGCGAGCUGAACUGCACCAGAGGGAACGGAUGUGACAAAAAUCCAUCCAGGACGAAGAAGCAGAGAAGGUUCGGUUGAAGCAAAUGAUGCUAAUGGACUGAAGAAGAAGAAGAAAAAAAAUGGCAUCUUGAAACAAGAGAGACUGGUUGUUUUUUUUUGUUUGUUUGUUUGUUUGUUUUUUGUUCAUAUAUUUAUGUCAAAGCUACCCCUCUUCUUCCUUCCCUCUAAAUGGAAACAGAGUUUUCCCAUGUGUGGCCAUUUAUGUUAUGUAUAUUUUCCAGAGUAAUAUUAAGAAGAAGAAGAAGAAGAAGAAGAAAAAAAUUCCCAUGCAUAGUUGCGAAAUAUUUUAUUCUCAGCACAAACUGUUUACGUUCAGACCGCUUAAUGCUGUAUCUGCAUAGUGUCAGUUAAUUAAAGAAAAGAAGAAGAAGAUUUAGUUGUUCAACUAGCAUGGCAACAGACUUGUACAUAGUUGAUCUAAUUAUAAAAGCCUAUUACUGUAUUUUCAGUAUUGAGUCAGUCACCAUUCUAAAUGUUUUAGAAAUAAUAAUAAUUAAAAAAAUGGUUGUAAUACAAGCUACAGAUUAAAAUAAUGAAAAACAUAAUAAACUUAGCCACCUCAUAGCAAUUUCAUUCAUAUGGUAUAUAUUUGAUUUAUUUAUUAAUUCAGUUUUGUACUUUUUUUUCCUUAUUUUAUUUGUUCAGUGAGAAUUUUGGCCUCACGCUGUCGGUGUUUUUCUGAGAUAUCCUCUCCUUAUAUCGGUGCAUAUCUCUGUCAUGCAAAGUUUGUAGGCUGUUCGUUUGACCUCAUCUACUGAUUUUGAUGCUUUAUAAAAGGAGAAAAAAAUGAAACUAUGCUUUGAUGUAUUCUAGGUUUAAUAAUUAGGCUCCAGCUAAUGUAUGGUCAUAGGACUGCAUAUGUGUACAUUGUGUUUUAUUAAAACUGCAUUUCAUGUGACUGCAUGAAAAGGCCUUUCAUUACUGUCCGUGGCUAUAAUAUAUGUGGCUAAAACUCUGAA